UUUUUUUGCUUUAAGAUUUACUUUGAAGUGAUUUACUGGUUGAUUAUUGCUUGUCAUAUAAUAAGUAUGUGGAUAUUAUUUGGCAUGUAGGUGAAUUUGUUUCUUACAAGCUAAUGGCUGUUUUUUAAUGAACGCUGAUCUUUUUUCAAGGGGACCAAACCCCCUUUUAGUCUAGACAUAGAUGCAUGUCCUAAGUCGUAUUAACUAGCAUUCGUCUCGUACUAUUUUAAUACAUACAAUUAUCAAAUGCAUGUUUGUUGCUUGAAGAUGUUCGAUACAGAUCCCCAUGAUUUCGUUUAUCAAACUAUUUGUCGCCGACUGUCAAAAGGGGAACCAUAUAUAAAUAAUAAAUCUACCGAUAUGAAUACUCUACCAGUAUGAUUUUCUACCCAUAGAAUAUUCUACUUAGUGAUAUUAUAUAUGAUAUUCAACCGCAUAGUAUGAAUAUUGUAUGCAAAUUCCACCCUCGUGUUUGUCACACUAUUUUGUGCCCGACUGACGCGGAAAAGCGGAACCAUUUAUUGUCAUGUGAUUUGUUGUCAGGUCAUCACAGCCGACGGAUCUAAUAUUUUGAUUCUUGUUUUGUGUUUAUUGCAAUAUUUUUUCAAAAAUGUACACUGCCGCGACGGAGAGUUUAAUAAAGCAGGCAAGAGAAAUAAAGGAGGAAGAGCUGCAGAGGCAUUGUGGACGCAUAUUUAAGCUGCUCCACAGUAAAGAUGUUAGUGGAGACACAGUGGAUUCUCUCCAGAGGCUCAAUCUGAUCGUUUCUGCCACUAAAUAUGCGACAGAGCUCCCGUCAGAUCUGGUGCUGAAGCUGCAGACGGUUCUUCGUUCUUCUUCAUGUCCAGAGCAGCUUCAGGUUCUGUCCUCCUCCAUCCUCCGGGACAGCUUUCCUCCCAGCGUACACAGCCUGUGCUCUGAUCUCAGUCCCGACAGCAGGACCUUCAGCCAUGUGGCCAGUGUUGUUCUCGCUCAGGCUGGAAGUCAAGAAGAUGUGAUGCCUCUUUGCCACCAUUUGCUGAAAAGUCUCGAUUCUCGGCUGUCUGACGGGCAGAUAUCCAGACAUGCGCUUCCCCUUCUCUCUAAGAUGAUUACUGUGUAUCCAGAGAUUCUCACAGAUGAUCAGGUGAAUGUGGUCAGUCGUAAGUUGGUGGACUGGUUGCGUUAUGCCAGUAUGCAGCAGGGAGCCUCCAUGUCUUCUGGGGGAUUUUUCAGUGGACCAAGAACACGUCAGCCUGCCCCGCUGACGGAGGUGGAUGGGGUGGUAACAGGUGACUUCUUCACUGUGCUGUGUGUGGGUCAGAGUUACACUGAGGACCAGUGGAUGAAUAUGUACACUUUCUCUAUGAUCAAGAGUUGGCUGCUCACUUAUGACACAGACGGGACUACAAACACAGAAUCAGCUCUACUAAUAAAAGCGCAGGGCAUUCAUUCACAGCACCAAGAUGAUCGCUCAGAGGUGGACAGUUCAGUGACGUCCAUGGUGUCGGCCACAUCCUCUUCCACCAGACUACUUCCUCCCAAAGAGAGACUCCGAGAGAAGGCUUUUGAGUACUGCCAGCGUCUCAUUGAACAGAGUGACAGGAAGGCCCUGAAGAAGACAGACACAGAGCUGCAGAAAGCAUGUAUUGUUGAGUCCGUGUCAAUAUUGGACGUCAUCUGUGGUGAGGACCCCUCGUACGUGUACCGUGCCUUCCCCUGCAUCAAAGCCCUGUACGGCAGACUGAAUGGAGAUCUCACCUAUUCUCGAGCCCUGCUGCCUAUCGCUCAGUUCUACCUCAACCACAGUGAGAUUGCAGCGGUGGACUCGGAGGCUGUGUUCUGCCAACUCUUCAGUCACUGUCCCGCCGAGCAGUUCAACGAGCCCAUGCUCGCCUUCGAGUUUGUCCAGUUCUGUCUUCUCAAUGCUAGUGUGCUGCAGGAGAGGGUGACCAACUACAGACAGAGCUUCCCAAACCUCCUGAAGUUCUUGGCAUGGAACAGUUCAGGAUUGAUUGCAGAGUUUGUGGAGCUGCUCCCAUCACUGAUAGCUCCAGAUACAGCCAUCGAGUUACUGCACACUAUCCUUGAUCUGCCCUGCUUAGCAGCAGCCCUGGACCUCCAGCAGAGAUCAGCAUGCUAUCAGGCUCCAGACCGUCCCGCGUGGGACCAGCAGGGGGCGAAGGUGGCCGCUUGUCUGGAUGCCUUCCGCCAGCCGUCCUGCAGGGGCCUCUUCCUCUACAUCCUCAGACCUGAGGCUGGGACCGGAGACACAAUAGACAGGCUAAAAAUGCUUCAUGAGAUUUUGGCUGACAUGGCGGAGAGUCCACGAGUUGUUCGGUGUGCUCAGGUCGUUCCUGUGCUUCUGCAUGUGUACUUCAACACAGUCACUCAGAGAGCGGAUGAGAAAAUGUUGAACCAGCUGUUGCUAGUGCUGCUGGAGAGAAGCAGUCUGCUCUACGACAUCAAGACAUUUAAUGUUGAAGUCCAAAAGGUGUUCAGCACCCACCUGCAGGCCCUGUGCAAACUCCACCCACCUCUGAUUGUGGAUCAGUCCAGGGAGAUCCUGGAGCUCACAAGCUCCCCUGCCAACAUUUACAGUAAAGAAGACUUCUACACUCAUGUGGUGUGGGUCAUUGGCGAAUAUCUCUCAGUGUCCUAUGAUCCUCGCUGCACGGUGGAACGGAUCACGUCUUUUUUUGAGUGUUUGGAGGCGGUGCUGUUUGAGAUCACGCAGGUGCGCCAGUCCGCCAGUCCCCCGAGCUUCUCCCCGCGCCUCGUCACUGUGCUCAUGACCACCCUGGCCAAACUGGCCACACGCAGUCAGGAUCUAAUUCCCAGAGUCUCACUCUGCCUGUCUAAGAUGCGGCCGUUUGCCCGUAGCGCUCCUGUGAUGACGUGCUACAGUGAGGAGGACACUGAGGAGAUCAUCACACGGGCCCAUGAACUUAUUAACUUGCUCAAGUUACCAAAUGUGGCUCAGUUUGUUCUGGCCCCUUCAGCCGGAGGCGACGGCCCCCGCUGGCACCGAGACACCAACGCCUCGCUUCCUCAGGGCAUGAAAGCAGUCAGCGGGCUCCUCCACAGACAUUCCAGCUCUCUGCCCACAUAAGUCAGUUCCAGGAAACUGUUUUCGAAAUAUCUGUGCAGAAUACUAAGAGAGGGUUUCUGAAGGACACAAAGGGAGAGGGAGUGACACUGGAGCAAAACAGGCAAGCGCUGCACCUCAUCAUGACUUCCACUUCUGCUCCACGGUCAGAAAUAUAUCAAGACACCAGAGGAUUGGGAUUUAUUCCUCGAUUUAUUGGAAUGUUUGUUAGAGACACAUUUCUAUAAAUGACACAUUCUGCAUUUAUGAUUAGUGUCAAAACUGUUAAAAUACAGUUUAGAUCGAGUUGUUGAAAGUCUGUGAAACUAACGGUACAAAAGAAUUCACCAUAGAAAUGACAUUUGACACAAUUCAAGUGCUUACUGUCCUAUAAAUGUGACAUUAUGACAAAAUGAGUAAAAAGUGUGUUAUACAUUCAAAGUCACAGUGCUUUAAAACAUGCUCUUUCAUAUCUGAGCUUCCUGGCUAAAUUUGUUAAUCGGUAAAACAGACGUUUACGUUGCAAGAGUUUCAUAAAGGUUUAUAUUUUCAGUAGGUCUUGAGAGAAGUCUUAUUUGGUUUUACUAAUUCAUCAAGGCUAGUUUCCAUGUGCAUGGCUCGUUCCCAGUAACAAAUAAAAGGGCUCUGUGUGAGCUCAGCUGACUUGAAUUGAUGCUCAAAAAUACAUUAUGAUCAGUAUUGAUAAUAAUGACAGCUGACCUGUUUAAUAUUUUUGUGAAAACUGAUGCUACCAUUUGAUAGUUCGCGGUAAGAUAAACUAUAUAUAUAUAUAUAUAUAUAUAGGGAAAGAGGGGAAGAAAGAAAAUGAUAAAACAUUGAUAAUAGUAAUAACCAAUAUUAUUAAUUGAGCACCAAUUUUAAUUGAGCAGCAAGUCAGUAUAUUAGAAUGGUUUCUGAAGGAUCAUGUAACACUGAAGACUGGAGUAAUGAUGCUGUGCCAUCACGGGAAUAAAAUUGUAAUAAUACUUCAUAAUAAUACAGUUUUUACUGUAUAAGAGACUUGUCAUCCCCUCUAACUUUCCAAUCUAAACAUGAUCACAACCCCAUAGACAUGAUCCAUUGUGCAACAAUUAAAAGGUCAUUUCUAAAAUGUUUGUACAUAUACAUUACUACAAGAUCACAGUAGUAGAAAUACUGUACCUGGAUAUAAUUUUUCUGCUCAAUGCCAAUAAAUGACUUUCAUAAGCA